AAUUUCAAUUUUACAAACCACAUACCGCAGGAAAACUUCAAUCGAAGAACAAGCUUUUUAAAGAAACAUUUUCGAAAUGCACCGAGUGCUUUUCACAAUCCUCCUGUGCACUGGUGCUUGUUUCGGCCAGCGCACAUACUUGCGAGCAGAUGGUAAUUCGGCAAAUACGUACAAUCUUAUUAAUGGCGUUCUUGGUGGUACAGCCGUUGAGGUACCAGAUUGUGUACAUCCUCAAAUGCACAUUACGCAGAGAAUAGAUACGGAUUUGAGCAUUCCGGUGUUCAAUUUUCACUCACACGUCGAUAUUGACAACGAUCGGUGCAUCAAUUUUGAUCGCAUGAGAACGGAAAUAAAAACUUACGGUCCAAGUCCAGCUCAUAUGAAAUGUUUCAAUGGCGAACGAGUUUCUUAUUCGUGGGAUCUGAGAUUAAAUUCACAGUUUCAGCCAUCGACUGCCUUCACCCAUAUUUUCCAAAGCAAAGCUGUAGGAGGAGAGGAUUCCAUGCCUUUCAUAACCUUAACGCCUCGCUUAAGAGGAAGUGCUACUUUCCUGCAAGUAUUGCACGCAGGUACCAAUUCCGUACAAACACCCAUAUGGGAAGGACCAUUGUCUGAUUUUGCAGGCCGAUGGGUUCAUAUCACCGUAGAGUAUACCUGUGCCACCCAAGGACGAUUCCACAUUCGUAUAAAGCGACUCGAUAAUGGUCAGCAACUAAUGUCUUACACUAAUAGUCAUAUAGAAAUGUGGCGCACAGGUAACGAAUUCCUUCGACCAAAGUGGGGCAUCUACCGCAGUUUGAACAACAGAGUCAAUUUGCGCGAUGAGUUUGUUUAUUUGAAUAAUAUUUGCUUGGCUAAAAAUGAACCAAUGUGCAGUUAGAUUUCAGAGACACCGAUCUGGUUGUCGAAUCAAUAAAAAA